UUAAUAGGAAAAAAAAUUGGGAAGCAAAGGAGCAAAAUUAUAAAUUUAAAGUACACAAAAUUUAACAGAGUAACGGUAUCUCAAACAUAUCCACUUCAAUAAAUUAAUUAAACAAAGUAAUAAUGAAAAACGCACAAAAAUUUAUUCAAUAUGAAUGAAUCAGAAACAGUGACAACGACAAGCAAGUGACCUCAAGAAGUGAAAAUUUUGCAUUUCUCAAAAAGAAAGAAAAAAAAAAAGUGAAAGAAAGGAAAUAUAUUUACGCAUAUGCUGUGAAUAGAAGUUUGCAAAAAAGAAAGGUAGAAAAAACUGGCCAAACUGUCCGUUAUUACUGGCAAAUAUAUAAAAAACAAGUCAAACUGCAGCUGAAAUGGGCAGUUGUAUGGGACGUUACAGUGGGGAUAAUGAAACAGUGAGUGUAUCAUCGGCCAGUGCGUCUCGACCGCCGACAGGACCCCAAAUAGGAGCUGCCCGCAAAAAUCGUCCUUUAUGCCAUGAAACAAUACGUUGGCGAUCAGAUGUGCCAUUAACAGAAGGUCAAUUGCGUUCGAAGCGAGAUGAAUUCUGGGAUACGGCACCCGCGUUUGAUGGCCGCAAAGAAAUAUGGGAUGCUUUAAGGGCAGCCACAACCGCUGCCGAAGGAUUGGAUUUUCAAUUAGCUCAAGCCAUAUUAGACGGAGCAAAUGUUUCAGUACCGAAUGGUUACCUGACUGAAUGUUAUGAUGAGUUGGGCACACAAUAUAAAGUGCCGAUCUACUGUUUAUCGUAUCCUAUAAACAUUGUUAAAGAGGAAAAUGGUCGCGAUUCGCCGGCCGAAUUUUCGGAACCAGUUGAUGGCGGCAAUGAAAUAUUCCUAAAGCUAAGAGUAUCCUCCACUAUGUCGGACAUUAAACUACCCGUGUACUCAAAAGAUACAGUUGGCCAAUGUAAAAAGAAACUUCAGGCUCUCGAAGGUGUUGAGGCAUGUUGUCAACGUUGGUUUUACAGCGGUAAAUUGUUGGGUGACAAAGUACCCAUCGAGGAAUGUAAUAUACAAAGCGGUUAUGUUGUGCAAGUGAUUGUAAAUAGUGAACAUUUCAAUCAUGACAAUAGCACAAGUAUCGCGCCUGCAAGCUAGCCAACGUCCUCUAAAAACAAUUGUUUACGAUUAAUAUUAACAAUAAGAACAGCACCGAAAGCAGCAGCAGCAGUAGUAGCAGCGGCAA